AUGUCGGUGGGGAGCUGGAAUGGGUCUGGCUUCGCUCAUGAUGUUGAUGAGCUACACAGGGAGAUUGCGUCUUACUUCCUUCCGCAUUCUUUGGGGAAUCUGCGUAAUGGAACGGAUGCGCGCAUUCCGAAGGCGCUGGGGGUUCUAGCUGAUAGUGGCCGUCUUGUCGCCAAUUUAAAUCAUGCGAACUGGAGGGAGCAGCUGAUCGGAAUCGUGGGAGAACUCCACCGGCGCGGGGCUCUUACUCUCGGUGUUGGUAUUAGCCCGCUCAGUAUUACCAUUGAUCGGAAUGAUGGUCAUGCAUGGUUGACGGGGUUCAUGAACUGUGAAGUUUCAGAAGGCUGCAACGCGACAGAUGGCAAUGAAUUGGACCGAAGGCAGAUACAACUUGUUUUUGAUCGGUGGCUGAGCGCUGAAAUCGAGGGUUCUCCUGCAUCUGACCCUGAAGGAAUCAAGAAGGGAGUGGUCACCCGGUGGGUUGGUAUCUCCGACAGUCAGCGCUGA